AUGGCUGACCAAAUCACACUAUCAGCCUCUGAUGGCUCGGAAUCUGAAUCAGAAUCAAAUCCUGAAAAUUCCUCACAAUACCCUACACACCUAACAGAAUUUAACUCUGCUUGGCAAAGAAGAAACCAAGAACCAAGCGAAGAAAGACAGUCAUCUAAUCCUGUUCAAGCUGGACUCUCUACCACGAGAAAAGUAAAAAAGGCUAAUCAGCCUUCUAUAAAGAAUCAUUUGGAUAGUUCUUGGAAGUAUAAGCAGAUUAGAACACAGGAAGAUUUGGACAAAGCUAUUCUGAACCACCUGAUUGCUGACCUCCUUCCUUUCAGUGAAGUCGAAAAGGAAGCAUUCAAGAACCUCAUUGGUGGAUUGUCUGGGCCACUUGUUAUAAGGAGUCGCCCCUUCAUGGUGGAACUAUUAAAGAAGACUUACAGCACGAGCAAAGCAGAUUUGAUUUUGGAACUUGACAAAGCUGAUUAUGUCAGCACCACAGCAGACUGCUGGACUUCACGGCGACGUAGCUUUUUAGGAAUGGCAGUUCAUUGGAUGGGGCAAGAUCUUGAUCGUCGCACCGCUGACGAAGAUAUGUCCCAUGACGAAGACGAGAAAGACGAUUUUGUAUUUAUUGAUAUAGGCGACAUUAUGAAUUGUGGACCAGAGGAGGUAGAUCUUGGUGACGCUGACAAUGACUUAUGCCUUAAAGAUCAUAUUCAUCUACCUACCCACAUGAGAUGCAGCUGUCAUUCCCUGAAUUUGGUGGCCACAACUGAUGUGAAGAAUAUUGACAGUGUACGGUUUCAAAAUUGA